GUUGUGUUUUAUCAUUUCCGGAAAAAAGAUAGACCGAGAAUCUGCCAUGGCUGAAGCCGCCGAAUCCGCGCCCGCUCCUCCCCCGGCUGAGCCCGCGGCCAAGAAAAAGAAGCAGCAGCCCAAGAAAGCAGCGGGGGCCGCUAAGUCCGCCAAGAAGCCGUCGUCUGGGCCCAGUGUGUCCGAGCAGAUCGUCACAGCCGUGUCCGCUUCCAAGGAGCGCAGCGGGGUGUCUCUGGCAGCGCUCAAGAAGACUCUGGCUGCGGGAGGCUACGAUGUGGACAAGAACAACAGCCGCCUCAAGCUGGCUCUCAAGGCUCUGGUCACGAAGGAGACCCUGCUCCAAGUCAAAGGCAGUGGAGCCUCCGGUUCCUUCAAGCUCAACAAGAAGCAGCUGCAGAGCAAGGACAAGGCCGCCGCCAAGAAGAAGGCGCCGCUAGCAGCGGCCAAAGCCAAGAAACCAGCGGCAGCAGCCAAGAAGGCGCCAAAGUCUCCGAAAAAGCCCAAGAAAGUCUCCGCAGCCGCCAAGAGCCCGAAGAAGCUCAAGAAACCCGCAAAGGCGGCGCUAGCAGCAAAGAGCCCGAAAAAAAACAAAGCUGCCAAGCCCAAGAAGGCCACCAAGAGCCCCGCAAAAAAGACCGCCGUCAAGCCCAAAGCUGCUGCUGCCAAAAGCCCAGCAAAGGCCAAAGCGGCCAAAGCCAAAGUGGUCAAAACCAAGAAAGCCGCCCCCAAGAAGAAAUGAGCGAGCGAGCGAGCGAACCACUGCCCAAUUCAACCAAAGGCUCUUUUAAGAGCCACCA